GCUGACCUGACCACAGUACUCCUGCACCUCACUUUCUCGGAACGUGACAGAGCUGCUACCGUCGGCCGCCAGCAGCCCGCAGCUCUCGGUGAAGAGGGCUGGGGUGGGAGAUGACGGUGAUUUCCUCCCUGCUUAGUCCAUCACGAGCAUCGACUCUUUUCUCGCGGCCCCGGGGCUGCAGACGUAGCAGAGAUCUGGUUGGAGUUGGAGGGUGAAAGAAAAUGGAUUCUUUUUCUGAUUUACCUGCAGAGAACUUAACCAUUGCAGUCAAUAUGACCAAGACUUUGUCCUCAACAGUAAUGAAUAGAUUUAAUUCCACUAAUGACCCACCUUCAAUGUCAAUAACAAGGCUUUUUCCAGCCUUACUAGAAUGUUUUGGCAUAGUCCUUUGUGGCUACAUAGCAGGAAGAGCCAAUGUCAUAACAUCAACACAGGCCAAAGGACUAGGAAAUUUUGUCUCCAGAUUUGCACUUCCAGCUUUAUUAUUCAAAAAUAUGGUUGUACUUAAUUUUUCCAAUGUGGAUUGGUCUUUCCUAUAUAGUAUCUUGAUUGCCAAAGCUUCUGUAUUUUUCAUUGUAUGUGUAUUAACCUUAUUGGUUGCCAGUCCUGACAGUCGAUUUAGCAAAGCUGGACUAUUCCCUAUUUUUGCUACACAAAGUAAUGACUUUGCAUUGGGAUAUCCUAUAGCUGAAGCUUUAUAUCAAACUACAUACCCAGAAUAUCUCCAGUACAUUUACUUGGUGGCGCCCAUAUCUCUUAUGAUGUUGAACCCUAUAGGAUUUAUCUUCUGUGAAAUCCAGAAGUGGAAAGACACUCAAAAUGCUUCUCAAAACAAAGUGAAAAUUGUAGGACUUGGACUUCUGCGUGUAUUACAGAAUCCAAUAGUAUUUAUGGUUUUCAUUGGUAUUGCCUUCAAUUUUAUUCUUGAUCAAAAGGUGCCCAUAUAUAUGGAAAAUUUUCUUGAUGGACUUGCAAAUUCUUUCUCUGGAGCAGCUCUAUUUUAUCUGGGUCUUACAAUGGUGGGAAAAAUAAAGAAACUGAAGAAGUCAGCAUUUGUUGUACUAAUUCUUCUCAUCACAGCUAAACUCCUGGUGCUGCCACUUUUGUGCAGAGAAAUGGUGGAACUCUUGGACAAGGGCGACAGUGUAGUGAACCAUACAAGUUUAUCAAAUUAUGCGUUUUUGUAUGGUGUCUUUCCUGUAGCACCAGGAGUGGCUAUCUUUGCAACACAGUUCAACAUGGAAGUAGAGAUUAUAACCUCAGGGAUGGUAAUAAGCACAUUUGUGUCUGCACCAAUCAUGUACGUUUCUGCCUGGUUACUAACCUUUCCCACUAUGGACCCUAAGCCAUUGGCGUAUGCCAUCCAGAAUGUUAGUUUUGAUAUAAGUAUUAUCAGCCUUGUCUCCUUGAUCUGGUCUCUGGCUAUUCUUCUUUUGAGUAAGAAAUAUAAACAGCUCCCUCAUAUGCUUACAACUAAUUUACUCAUCGCUCAGUCUAUUGUCUGUGCCGGAAUGAUGAUCUGGAAUUUCGUUAAAGAAAAAAAUUUUGUUGGACAAAUUCUGGUGUUUGUUUUAUUGUACAGCUCCCUCUAUAGUACCUACCUGUGGACAGGCCUUCUGGCAAUUUCUUUGUUUCUUUUGAAAAAGAGAGGGAGUGUACAAAUUCCUGUUGGAAUCAUCAUAAUAUCUGGCUGGGGAAUUCCUGCUGUCCUUGUUGGUGUUCUUCUGAUAACUGGAAAACAUAGUGGAGAUAGCAUUGACUCAGCCUUCUUUUAUGGAAAGGAGCAGAUGAUCAUCACAGCAGUCACCCUGUUCUGCAGCAUCAUGAUAGCUGGCGUAUCACUUAUGUGUAUGAACCACACCACCCAAGCAGGACGCUAUGAAGGUUUCAACCAGUCUCAGAACCACAAAGCAGCAGAGCCUGGGAAUGCCGCUUUUGAGGAGAGUCCAGUGCCAGCAAAUGAACCAGAACCUUUUACAAGUUCUAUCCCAGAAACAAGUUGCUGCUCCUGCUCAAUGGGAGAUGGUGGAUUGCACUGCCCAUCCACUGAGACAGUAGGAAACACAGGGGCCAGUGGGCUUGUGACUCCUUCGUAUGAGAAAAAUGAUCAUUGUGUGAGUCGCUGUAACUCCCAGACCUGCAUGUUAGUCCAGGAAGAAGAGCAGUAUCUACAGAGUGGAGACCAGCAACUGACUCGUCAUGUGUUGCUGUGUUUACUUCUCAUUAUUGGCCUGUUUGCUAAUCUUUCCAGUUGUUUGUGGUGGCUAUUCAACCAAGAACCUGGAAGACUCUAUGUUGAGUUACAGUUUUUCUGUGCUGUGUUUAACUUUGGCCAGGGAUUUAUUUCCUUUGGCAUCUUUGGAUUGGACAAACAUUUAAUCAUUCUGCCUUUCAAAAGAAGACUUGAAUUCCUAUGGAAUAAUAAAGAGACAGCAGAAAACAGGGGUUCUCCUGUUCCUGAGGAAAUAAAAAUGACCUGUCAGCAAUUUAUCCAUUAUCACCGUGACCUCUGCAUCCGAAACAUUGUCAAGGAAAGAAGGUGUGGUGCAAAGACAUCUGUCGGGACCUUCUGUGGCUGUGACAUGGUGAACUGGCUCAUUGAAGUCGGCCUUGCCUCCGACCGCGGGGAAGCUGUGAUAUAUGGAGAUAGACUGGUGCAAGGGGGAGUCAUCCAACAUAUUACCAACGAGUAUGAAUUUCGGGACGAGUACUUGUUUUAUAGAUUUCUUCAAAAGAGCCCUGAACAGAGUCCUCCUGCUAUUAAUGCAAACACACCCCCACAGGAAACAUAUAAAGAGAUUGAGCAUUCAUCCCCAUCCCCUAAGACCUAAAUUAUGAGGGAGACAACCCUGGGCCAUAUUCUAGCCCCAGAUCUGUUUCUUAUUAGCUGUGUGACCUUGGGCAAAUCAUAAUCUCUCUGAGCCUCAGUUGCCUCUUCUGUAAAAUUUGGUGAGAUGUGUUCCCACCCCAUGCGAACAUUUUGUGAUUUCAUGUCUAUGGAAAACACACAGGAAACUGACUUAGGAAAAAGAGAAAACCAAGUCAAAAUUUAA